AGGUCUAUUUGAAAGCUCUCAUGCUCCUGGGGAAUACUUCGGACAAGUGAAACUCAUAAAGGUUUAUUAAUAUUUCCCAAGAAACUUCCAGCGAACGCAGAGUUACGUCAAAAACCCGAAAUUAGCCAUCAAGUCCAACAGUUUCCAUAGGAAGUUUAAUCAAUAAGGCGCGCCGCCGUGAGUUCUCUCUUUGACGUCUGUCAAGCAGAGUCGAAUUUGGAAAAUUGUAUAGAGAGUUAGUAGGAGGUGCACAGACAUAGUAAGCGUUUUUGAGUUCGAGCAGCUUUAAAAGCUCUUUCAAUCAUUUAUGAGAUGGAUUGCCCGGACUUGGAAGACGGCCACUCUCCCUCACUGAAAACCUCGGACUUUUACAAAACUUGCCGACUUCCGAAGCGAUUUGAAUACCCCUCUUGGUUUCACGGAUACGGAAUACAGAGGAAACCGGCCGAACAUCCCUUUUACAGGACCACUUCCAGCGAUUACGGAAGACACGCUCCCACCAUCCACAGCGUUCCCACAUCGUUCUUUCCCAACAAUCAGGAAUUCUCUAAAGCCCUGGCGAAAACCGGAAUGUACCGGAAUUAUUCUCUCAACACAGGGCUUGACCCGACACCAUACUGAAUUUAUUUCAUACCCCUUCGGAAUGCUUGGAAUAUAUUGGCAGGGAAAGGGCUGAAAAUUCUAUACCAAAUGGUUCUCAAUACAUAUAUUGAUCU